UACGACAUGGUUAAUUUCUGCAGAUCCAUCCAACCUUCAAAGCCUAUUACAAGGAGAGAGAGAUGUUGGGGGGUUUUCAAUUCCCCUCUGUUUUAAAUUCUUCCACUGGUUACUUCAGUCAAAGCAAAUACAUUCACUGGCUUAUAUCUGUUCUUGCUAGCAUCGUCAUGUGCAAGAUUGUUUAUGAAGUUACGGGACUGGUUAGUUUGCUAUUCUUCAGGGCAUAUUCAAAGCUAAACAAAGCACAAAAAAUUGAAUGGAACAACCGUGGUUUCUCCACAUUCCAUGCACUUCUUGUUACAUUUGCUUCUCUCUAUCUCCUUCUAUCAGACGACUUUUAUGAUGACUCUCAAGAAGUAUCUAUUAUAUAUAGGCAGUCCACUCUAUCUGAUACCAUUCUGGGGAUUUCAAUUGGUUAUUUUCUCUUGGACUUGGGAAUGAUCCUGUGGAAUUUUCCAGCUUUAGGAGGCCUGGAGUAUGUUCUGCAUCAUGGGCUUUCCUUGUUCCCAAUAUUCCUUUCACUUGUUAGUGGCCAAGGGCAAUUUUACAUACUACUAGUUCUAUUUACUGAGAGCACGACUCCUUUUGUUAACUUAAGAUGGUAUUUGGAUGUCUCUGGACAGAAAAGUUCUAGAUUUUACUUCUGCAAUGGCAUUCUAUUGUUCCUUGGGUGGCUGGUUGCGAGGAUCCUUUUGUUCAUCUUCUUGCUCAUUCACGUGUACCUUCAUUUUGACCAGGUGCUUGUCUGGUCAAGAAAAUUUUUCCGUUGGGCUUCUACACCUUGCUUUUGGUGUCUCCUGUGUUGGCAGUGAUGAACGUCUAUUGGUUUUGGAAAAUUGGCAAAGGCUUGAUGAAAACACUUUCUAAAGCAAGACACAGUCACUGAUUGACCUUUUAGGCAACUUGUGUUUGGGGAACAGAUUGCUUCUGCAGUAAACUCACCCCCCCCCCCCCCGCCCACCCC